UGAGAAUUCCCAAAUAUUAUAUCAGAGUGCAAUUUCAAUCAAUAGCAGUUCAAAUCAUCACGAAACUGGGUCAGCUGUACUCUGUUUACAUUUGUUGUUAUUUAACUAUUAGCCUAUUCGGCUUAAUAUAUUUAGAGCAUUACUUAUUUAUUUCAUGUAGUAAUCGUUCGUGGUAGUUGAAAAUUUCGAAUAUUUGCUGAUUUUAAGAGAGAACACGUUAGUUUGUUUCACCGGAAGUUUAGUUAGUAACGAUGCUUAUGUUCAGAUAGUUUAUUGAUGUCAUGACAACUGCAAGUGCUCAGCUCUGCAUGCUGAUUCAAAAAUAUCAUUCAUUUGAUUGAAUAUUCUUUUAAUGAAACAGACGUGAUUGAUGAUGAUUUAAUGGUAUUGAACGAUACACUGCGAUAAACGCAAUGUGAUAUGGAUGACAGCACAAUAAGCAUGGAAUAGUGAUUAAACAAUUUGAUGUAAAACAGCAGUGGUGUGAUUAAAUGGCUGCAAAGACUGCUGACUCUGAUGGUGGUUCAAUGACGCCCUCAGAGCCAAGUGACGGAGACGACCGGAGUGACCGGGAUUCCGAUUAUGAGAGCGACGAUGAGGAAGAACACAGUGAGAAGUUGAACAUACAAUGGACAGGCUAUGCUCGGAGAACCCCGGUGAUUCUCUUUUGUCCAGAGGCCAUUUUGGCCAAAAAAGCCCCCAAAAAGACAGUGGGAGAGAGGUACCAUAUGACAUACAAGUUUGGAAGUUCAGAAUGCAAGAUAGUCAGAAACAUCUUCAACUAUCAUGGAUUUCAUGAGGUUCAUCCAAAUAGUUCUGACUUUAACCUCAUCUGGACUGGAGGCCAUCUUAAACCGUUCACAUUACGCAGUUUGACAGAGUUCCAGAAAGUCAAUCAUUUCCCUCGAUCCUAUGAAAUCACGAGGAAAGACAGGCUCUUCAAAAACAUCCAAAGAAUGCAACAAAUUAAAGGUGUCAAACAUUUCGACUUCAUCCCUCAGAGCUACAUUUUACCGAGUGAAUACCAGGAUUUUUGUGCUGCCUUUCUGAGAGAGAAGGGUCUGUGGAUUGUUAAGCCUGUGGCCUCGUCCAGGGGCCGGGGGGUGUUCCUCUGUAACCAUCCCGAUCAAGUACCAUUAGAUGAAAACUUGAUAGUGUGUAAAUAUAUAGCCAAUCCUCUACUAAUUGAUGGUUUUAAGUUUGACAUCCGUCUAUAUGUUUGUGUGACAUCCUAUGACCCCCUGUGUAUUUACCUGUUUGAGGAGGGUCUCACAAGGUUUGCUACAGUGAAAUAUGAGAAGAGCAACCGACACAUCAGGAACCAGUGCAUGCACCUGACAAAUUACAGCGUCAACAAGAAAAGUGAUGAUUAUGUCAAGAAUGAUGAUCCUGACGUGGAGGAUUAUGGAAAUAAAUGGUCGCUUGGUGCAUUUCUUCGCUACCUGAGAUCACGGGGCAAAGACACUGCAGCUCUGAUGAUGAGGAUUGAGGAUGUGGUCAUUAAGACCAUUGUGUCCGCUGAGGUCCCUGUAGCUACUGCCUGCAAAAUGUUUAUGCCAUUUCGAGGAAACUGUUUUGAGUUGUAUGGUUUUGACAUUCUAGUCGAUGACAAUCUCAAACCUUGGGUGCUAGAGGUCAAUUUAUCCCCCUCCCUUGCAUGUGAUUCCCCUUUGGAUAUGAAGAUCAAAACCAACAUGAUGUGUGAUUUGUUCAGUCUUUCAGGAGUUGUGUGUCAUGAUCCAAUGAUGAGAACACUACAGCAAAGCCGCCGUAAUCAAGAAGUCACUGCCAAAAUAGCGGCGCGAGCCAAGAAAGAGCGGACGGUACUUGAAAAGAUUUCGGACAGACGUAGAUGGAAAAUUGAGGCAGACAAACGCCUGAAUUCUGAUGACGUCUCAAUCCUUGACAUGUCGGCUCGAUAUAGACCCUCCUCUGCAUCAUCUUUGAAACAGAGGCCCCAGUCAGCGGGCAGCUCCUCGGGGAGUCGACCAGGGAAUCCUCAGCCCCGGGGCAUGGCAGGCCUCAACAGUGAAGAGAUCAAAAUCCUGAGGAGACUAAAGGAGGAGGACCAGAGGAAGGGUGGCUGGGUCAGGAUCUUCCCCACCCCAGACUCCUGGGACCUCUACUCGUCAUUUCUACAAUUCUCAACAAGUCACAACUUGAUGAUUCAUAGUCGACUUUAUCCUGACAGACACAAAGGGGGAUCCCAGCAAGCAAAAAGUGUAGCAUCCACCUCAGCAGGUCAAAGGGCAAAAGUCUGCCCCUCCUAUAAGACCAAAAGUGCAUAUGCUUCAAUGGGAGGAUCAAUGAAGUCAGAUCCUGAGUUUGCUGAAUGUUAUGCCCAGGCAAUUAGCAGGACCAAGCAGUAUGAGAGGAAACUUGGAACGGCUCGUAAAGGGAAGCGAAAAAAUAAACGCAAGCCAAAAGCAAGACCUAAGCUUGCUCAGGGUGUGGUUGAGGACCAGGAGGAGGAUGAAGACAAGGCUGAGGAGUCUGAUGAAGAGAAUGAUGAGGAGAAAGAGGAGGCACAGAAGGACUCAAGGAGCUCUUCCCCAGUGGAGGAGGUGAAGGAGCACAAGGUGGAGGUAGAGGUGGAUGUUGUGACGGAUGGGGAUGAGGUCCCCCAGGAAAAGUCCUCAGCACAAAGUGACUCUAAAGCGAAAGAAGAAAAACCUCCAAAGCCCCAGAGAGUGCAGGUAAAACUACCGCUCCAGAAAACUGUAGAGACACCUAUAGAGGAAAAACCGGCCGCACCUGCCAAGCCCCCACCCCCUCCCCCCGAACCGAAGUACAAUGUGGUGGAACUCUUACAGAAGGGGAGGACACUCAGUAAAUGCCAGGCGAGAGGAGCGUUUGCCAUGUAUUUAGUCAGAGUCCAGCAGCGAUUGAUAUCGGAGGCAGGACCGUCAAAUCAGGAUGAUUCUGAUGCUCUUAAUGAACAAAUGGAUUUGGUGCUGAGGUUUCUAAAGCGAGCAGCGGUCAAUCUCCAACAGCCCUUUAAGGUGGUGGUCCCCAGCAGAAAGCUCCCCCUUGCAGACCGCAGGAGGAUACUGGCCAAACAACUGGGUGACUUUGUCCAUAUCUACAACAAGGAAACUGAGCAGUUGAAUCUGAAGCGCCAACAGGAAAGACAGCAGGGUAAGGUGGCUGAGGUCCACCCCUCAACUGCCCAGGCCGAGUCCCAGGGGGUCUGUGAGGACAAGUUUGACAAGUUUGUCAACAUUGCCAGUGAGGGAGAACUGGAGGAAGUGCUAACUACCUACACAAAGAUAAACAAGUCAGCCAGUAUAUUCCUGGGGGGUCACCCCAAGAACUCGGUCACUGACUCCAACGGCCAGACGCGUCCUACCUCAACCUUCCAGCAUUCCCGGCCCCCAUCUGCAGGCCCUAAUAGACCCCCCAAUGCCACUAGUGGCCGGCCCCCGAUCUCCAGACAGAGCUCCUUGUUACAGAAUAGGCCUGGGUCAGGGAGUGUGGGGAGGUCCGUCAAUAUGUCUGCCUCUGAUUCCAACAUGGGCAAGAAAAAGGAAGGGGAGGGAACGAUAGAGGUGACCCCCAAAACUAUCACCGGCUGGGAAGACCCCCCCAAAUUUGCUAGCGACAGUAGCCUAACCACCACCACUACCACCGCCACUAGAACCACCUCUCAGGCCGGUGAGCCUCCACAUACACGCGUGUACCACACACCCUCUCAGUCUUCAUAUGCUAACGCUGUGCAGGUAUACACACAGAAACUAACCUCCAAUCGACCCCGCUCAGCGACCUCUGGUGGAAACAGGACAGCCCCACCUCCAAAACCCUCUGUAGACCCUCCAUCAGUGGAUAAUAAACAUAUACCUACGCCUACAAACUACAUGUGUACACCUGAGUCAGGUGUGGCAGCUAAGCCCUUCAAUAGACCAAUGUCAGCCAUGAACCGCCCAACAUCAGCCAAUCCAUAUGCUACAACUAACCCCACUGUUGAUUCAUACAAUGAUCAGGCCAUUCAUGAUGCUCUACAGAGAUUGGCGCUUCGCCAACAGGCAAGACAAUACUCUGCCUACAAUGGGACAAGUAUGAUAAACAAUGACUCACGUUGUUCUUCGUCUCAGCAAAUGGGACAGGGCGACACCCCGCAGUAUGGCAGUAGUUCUUCACUGGUGGAUACUACGUACACCAUCAACAAGAACAGUGGUUAUAAUAAGAUGGCACCGCCGGCAACAGGGUUAAUACAUCCAGGAGGAGAAAGAGUGCAGACCAAUGCAGCUGUGUACCCAGAACAGACCAGGGAUGAAAACAUACAGAGGCCAAAUGACAAUAUCAGAUAUAGCUCAUCUAAUGGGAUCACUGAGGACAUCAGAAAUAGACCUCCGUCAGGUCAAGGACACAGAAGGCUGGAGAUCAAAUCCGCAUCAGGGUCAAGGAAACCUGUUCAAUCAAAUGUGAAUCUACGAAGUGCCAACGCAACAUUUAAUAGUUUUAUUGAAGACUCAAACGGGACAACCUGGCAAAAUGACCUUGCACAUGCAUACAAUCAGGUCACUGGAGUGUUGCCUAGCAACUAUCACACAGCAUCUCAAUCAAGUAAACAGUUCCAGAUAAUGCAACAACAAGCUGCCUUGAAACAACAGAGCAAGGCAAUGUUGGAGCAGAGUAAAGCAAAGCACCAGGCCAUGAUUGCCAAGCUCAUGCCGUCCAGAAAUCUGUACAGCAACAACAGAGGCUUGACCAGGAGCUGGAGAGUGCCAUACAGAUGUACGCCCCAAAACCCCCUACCCAACCCCCACACGCCCGGAAAACCCCCAGCUCACACAGGGUCCAAAGCUUGCAGUUUGACCAGCACACUGGCCGCACUCGAUCUGCUCAAGGGUAUUGAAUCUUCGCCCACUAGAACAAAUAAUGGAGUUAACUCUUCCAGAAAUAAGAUUAUAAGUUUGAUUCAAAUAUAUCACAACAAUGGAAUCCAAAAACAUUUAAUAUUUUAUACAUUGUUUUAUUUUGAAUUUGUUAGGGAUAAAUCUAUUUUUGUACAUGAUUUGAGUGGAUUGUGCCCAUGUAUGUAUACAAGUGUUGAGAAUGUAUUAAAUGUGUGUGUAUCAGUGAGAAUAUUGAAAAUAUGUUUGUAGAGAUUGAAGAAAUAUACAGAUAUAGAGCAUAUCUUUUAAAUGCCGUCCAUAUUUAUAGUUUUUUUGUUCUUUUAUUAUAUAUCAAUUUUAUUUAUUGAGUGAUUCUUAGAAUGUGUGGUUUAACAUAUUUUUUCUUGAAAUUUUUGGGUUUUUUAAAUUGUACAUUUUAUAAUUUGAUUUUAUAACAAGCUGCCUAUACCAGAAAGUAAUUCUUUUGUGUCCAAAAACAUUGUAUUUCUGUGUUAGUAUUCUCAGGUAAAGCAAGAAACUUAAACUGUUAAAUCUCGUAAUUGUUGAUGUUAAUUAAGGCCAUUUUUUAAAAGUAACUUUUUAGCAAAAAAAGUUUUAACAAAAAGUAUGGCCUAAUUCUGAAGUAUAGACUUUCCUUGUGAGUGUAAAUCUGUAUGUCUUUGUGGGAAGUAUCGCUAGUGUUUCAAACAAAUGGAAUCGUUUGUACUACUUAUCAGAUGAUGGAUGUAUCUGUGAUAUAUUUUUGUUACUUAUUUGUUUUUAUCUGAUGAUUACUUCACAAUAAGUAGUCUAUUCUGCUUAUAUUCUGCCUACUUUGAAAAAAAAUAAACAGGGUUUUGUUUAAUUAGUCAUUUUUUAUGAAAAUAAUUUUAGCUUUUGCGAUGCCUCUUUUAAUUUGUGUCUAUUUAUUGAAUCAGCAUUUCAGAAAUUGAUGACAGUAUUAGUGAUUAUGUGGUCUUGUGAUUGAUAAAAACUCGGCCUUAGCAACAGAAGUAAGAUUUCCUUGAUUAAAUCAUAGCAUUAUUUACGUCAGGUACACUUGUGGCUUAGUUACGUCAUAUUUAGAUAGCAUGUAAUGUGACUAUGACAGACAUAAUGAGGCAUGCACUUUUCUGAAAUACAAUCUUGUGUCCACUUUCUUGCUUUGCAUCGGGAUGUAUUAGCUUCAGACACCAGACCUGCUGACUUCAAUGUUGUCUAGUCCUUAAUAUUCUCAUCAUACAAAUUUUCAUCGAAAAAAUAUGUUGAUAAUGCUCCAUUCUUAUCCAACAUUUUUAUUAGAAGAAAGUAUUCCAAGUCCCUUUAUAAUUUUUGAAACACAUCUUGCCUUUUUUAUAUAUUAAAAAAAAUAUAAUGGUUUUCUUUUGAUUGUCAAUGUAAUAUGUCAGAUAUUGCCGAUUUGUUGUCAUGCUCAUGUUUAUGAGAAUGGUAAAUAUGGCUGGUUUGUUGUGAGGCCAGACCAUUCCCACUGGGUGUCACAUUGGCAAUUUAAAUGUUUAAAUUAUUGAAAUGGAGAAUUUAAUUAAGGCAGUUAUUUUGUACUUUUAUUAAUUGAGUUGACAGUCAAUUAUACAUUAAAGGAACAUAAAUUUGUAUCGAAAUAGCAGGUUAUGUAUGUUAAUGGGGAACCUUCGGUGAUUUAUCGCUGCGAGGUGUUUCUGGAUCCAUUGCAUUAUGAGAGUGGAUUCUAUUGGUGCUGAGGACAAGUCUGUUUCCUGCUCGUAUGCUUAUCUAUUGACAGAGGUCUCACAAAAGGAUAAUUCUGAUUACAUGGAAACCAAGUUCAUAUUAUUUCUGUUGUAAGAAAGUUUAUGUUCUUUUCACAUUCCGUAUAUAUAAUGUUAUUAAUAAAUAAGUAAACUAUGAAA